AUGGAUGAAUGGGCGACUAAGAAAGCGAACCUCAAGGACGUGCUGUCUCACGUGUCAGGACUACCCAGGCAUGAUUAUUCUUAUGCACCUUUGGACAGUGCGGAGGACAUUGUGCAGAGGUUGCACUAUCUGAGGCCCGCAUUUGAACUGCGCGAGAGAUACUCUUACAAUAACCAGAUGUAUAUGGUGAGAGCCUAUAGAAUUUCAACCUAUACUGGCUCCUUCUCGAAAUUCGUCGAGGACCGUAUCUUUAAGCCACUGAAUAUGACUUCUACUACAUACUCAACCGCUGCAGCAAACAGUACAGGAAGGCUAACACAGACAUGGACGGAUUCUGGACGCGGGAUCCCGUAA